AUGUGCUGCUACAAUCUCGAAGGCAUCCUGGCGACUGUCCGCGCCGCUGAAGCAAAGCGCUCACCCGCCAUGAUCCUCCUCUUCCCCUGGGCAGUCCACUACGCCAACGGCCUGCUCGUGCACGCCGCCGCCGAAGCCGCCUCCACUGCAUCGGUCCCUAUCGCCGUGCACAUGGACCACGCGCAGACGCCGGAGAUUAUCCGUCGCGCUGCGGACAUCGGCGGCUUUGAUGGGAUUAUGGUGGACAUGUCGCACUAUGAGAAGGAGGAGAACCUUGCGCUCACGCGGGAGCUUGUGGCGUACUGUCAUGAGAGGGGGAUUGCGACGGAGGCAGAGCCGGGGAGGAUUGAGGGGGGUGAGGAUGGGGUUGCUGAUACUGCGGAUUUGGAGGGGAUGUUGACGACUCCUGAGGAGAGUGAGGAAUUCGUUGCGACGGGGAUUGACUGGCUUGCGCCUGCUUUUGGAAACGUGCAUGGCGAGUAUGGUCCUCGGGGGAUUCAGCUGGAGUAUGACAGACUGCUCUCGAUUCGGCAGAAGGUUGGGGAUCGGGUACGGCUGGUUCUGCACGGUGCAGACCCGUUUAACAAGGAGAUUUUUCAGAAGUGCAUUGAGUGUGGAGUGAGCAAGAUCAAUAUCAACAAGGUGUUGAACAAUGAGUUUGUGAGGGUUUGGGGCGAGAGGGCUGGCAAGGCGCCGUUGACAAGUGUUAUCGAGGAGGCGACGGAUGCGAUGCAGAAGGCUGUCGAAAGGUGUAUGGACAUGCUGGGGUCGACGGGGCGUUACUGA